AUGUCGAACUUCGACGCCCCUCCUCCGAACACUCAUGCUGGUGGUGAUGAUGACGCGCUUCGCACCAAGGGCAAUGAUCCAUUGAACCCUCCUCCGGCGUACGAAGUCGCGGAUGAGAGGAUGAAUAUGGAGGAGUAUCAGAAGAACGUACCGUUGUGGAAGCGCGUGUGGCAGAACAGCUUGACGCAGAUGCUUUUGAUCAGUGUGCAAGCUUUCUGUGGACCUGCCAUGGCAGAUGCUAUUGCUGAACAGCAAGCUGAUCGCGGUUCAGGCCUUGGUGGAGGUGGUCUCGCAACUCCUCAGACUAACAACAUUGCCAACGCUAUCUUUUACGCUAUGCUUGCCAUUUGUUGUGCGCUCGGAGGUCCCAUUGUCAACAAGCUCGGCACGAAGUGGGCGUUGGUUAUUGGCGCAUGUUCGUUCCCCAUUCAGGGCUCAUCAUACUACUGCAACUCGAAAUUCGGCAACCAAUGGUACCUUAUUCUAGGAGGUGCUCUGACAGGUAUUGGGACGGGAACCUGGUACGUGGCCGAGUCAGGAACUAUCAUGUCGCUUGCGCCAUCAGGCUCUCGUGGCAAGUACCUCGCACUCUGGAUUGUUGCACGUAAUUUAGGACAACUGGUAGGAGGUGCCAUCAACUUGUCGAAGAACCACAUCAAGGGAGUCGAAGGAGGCGUAACGCCCGACACAUACAUUGCUUUCUUGAUCAUCGAAUGCCUAGCCCUACCGUUCGCCUUUCUCAUCUCCCCCCUCGAGCGCGUUGUUCGUUCGGACGGCACGCGCAUCCUCGUCUCAGAAAAGAUCGGCACGAAGCAGGAGAUCAAGCUCGUCAAGACUACCAUGACUUCAAGUCUGAUUAUGCUCUCCGCUCUUUGGGCGAUAUGGUCGUUCUUCUACAGCGGAACUUGGUCGACCUACCUCGGAACCUACUUCAGCGUACGCGCCCGCGCUCUCUCAUCUCUGAUCUCGCCCUUCUUUUGCAUUGUCGGAUGCUUCGGCCUCGGAUUCAUUCUCGACAUGAAAGGUGUCAGCCAGCGCCGUCGAGCGCAGCUCGGACUCUUUACUGUUGUGAUCACCAAUUUCGGAGUGUACAUCUGGUCUAUCGUAAUGCAACAGCGAUUUAACGUCAAUAAUCCCGGGAAGAUUGAUUGGGAAGACGGACUAUACGCCCGCUCAUUCUUACCCUACUUCUUUGUGCAGACGACCGGCCCACUUUCGCAGUCGUACAUGUACUGGCUUCUGUCAUCUUUCGCGACUGAUGCGCAAGCAAACGUUCGUAAUGGUGCCGCAUUCCGGUCUCUCGAGGCUGUCGGCCAAGCUAUCUCGUAUGCCAUGAACACGCAAAUUGAAACCAGCCCGCUUGUGGGUAUGUGUGUUAAUUUUGGACUCAUGGCUGCGGCUCUUCUCCCGAUGUUGAAACUGGUCAAUACGACGCCGGAUCGCAUUCCUGCGGACGUUAUUGCUGAAGAGCAGGAUCGAGCGCUCGGUAAGAUGGGUGGUGAGGUUAGGGUUGAAGAGAAAUUGUAA